GCUGGGGCGUUGGGGGCGUGGCGCCGUGGCGGCGCGCUGCCGGGUCGGACGCCGGUGCCGGUGCGGUCCCGGUGCGGAGCGGGACCAUGGCGCUGCUGCUGGAGCACGAGUUCAAGCCGCUGCCCGCGGACAAGCAGAUCGAGACGCUGCCCUUCCUGGAGGCCGUGGCGCACCUUCCGCCCUUCUUCGAUUGCCUGGGCACUCCCAUCGUGUACUCGCCCGUCAAAGCCGACCUAGCUGGAAAUAUCAAGAAAAUCCGUGCAGUUUAUGACUCCAACCCCACCAAGUUCAAAACCCUGCAGAACAUCCUGGAGGUGGAGAAGGAGAUGCACGGUGCAGCCUGGCCCAAGACGGGCGCGACGCUGGCACUGAUGUGGUUGAAAAGGGGCCUGAAGUUCAUGCUGGUGCUGCUGCAGAGCAUCUCUGAUGGUGAGCAGGAUGAGGAGCACCCGAACCUCAUCCGAGUGAAUGCUUUGAAGGCUUAUGAGAUCGCACUAAAGAAAUACCAUGGCUGGAUGCUGCAGAAGCUCUUCACGGGCUCAGUCUAUGCUCUCCCAUACAAAUCAGAUCUACUGAAGGCCCUGGAGAAGGGUAAAGAAGUCAAAGAGGAGGAAAGCAUCGAGAAGAUCCAUCAGUUCCUCUCGAGGGUCACCCCCAUCCUGGAUGCAAUCUAUGAGAUGUACACGAAGAUGAACGCGGAGCUGAGCUACAAAGCCUGAGGCUCGCAGGGGCCUGGCAGGGCUGUAGUGAGGUGUGACGGGUGCUACUUGUGGUUUACUCACUGGGGCGGCUCCUGGCUGGCAGGCAACUUUGAUUCCUGUCUGGAUCUGCAGUGGAUAACCUGUUUUCUAAACAGAAUAAUGAGUUUUCUAGUCAGGAUAUGGC